UCUUCCUCCUCUGCAGCUCCAGGUGGUUUGAGAUCCGCCGUCAAGAGAAAAACUACUGCCGACAAGAAGGCUUCCACCGCUAAUGCCUUGCCUUUGUCCACCAGAGCCGCCGGUGCUGGUGGAUCUUCUUCUACCAUGAUGAAGUUGUUCACUGACGAAGCCCAGGGUUUGAGAGUCGACCCAUUGGUAGUGUUGGUGUUGGCUGUUGGUUUCAUCUUCUCCGUCAUCAUCUUGCACGUCUUUGCCAAGAUCACCGGCAAGUUCACUUAA